UACUGUAUUCAUCAUCAGGUCCUGCGCAAGUCCCACGCAAGCUGUCAUCGUUUAAGCCGCUCAGAAAACAGAUCCAUGAGAUCACAUGACCUCUAAUCUUUGGACUAUUUCCGCUUUGGUUCAGACACUGACUGGAAAAUUUGUGAAGCGAGCACGAUUCAUUCAACGCGUCUCAGGGCUGUGGAUCGUGCUGGCAGGGGACCAUCGGGCAGAAGGAGACGCACAAACAAACGGCGCUCCGCAGACAUGCUCACGCGCGUCAAAUCCGCAGUUGCCAGCUUCAUGGGUGGAAUCAUGGCUGUAUCGUCUAUUAAUAAUAAUGAACGUUCGGGUGGCUCGGACCUGCCGCUCAAAUACCCCUACAUGAGACCGAAGUUUCUAGGACUGUCGCCGGAUGAGAUCGAGUGCUCGGCGGAUCACAUCGCUAGACCUAUCCUGAUCCUGAAAGAGACUUGCAGGUUGCCGUGGGCGACGGGAUACGCAGAGGUAAUAAAUGCAGGUAAGAGUGCCCUGAAUGAGGACCAGGCAUGCUGUGAGGUUGUACUGGUUAAGAAGAAACCUAUAGGACCCUUGACACCCAGAAAGACGUCUACAAGUAGAAGAAGGUCAUCCCUUCCCAAUAGUGUUGACAUGGGAAUGUGGGAAAAUUAUGCUUGUAUUUGUCCACAAGACUCAGAAGGGCUGAUCUUCCAUUACUGGGCACUGUUUGAUGGUCAUGCUGGUUCAGGAGCAGCAGUGGUGGCUUCCAGACUUCUACACCAACACAUUGUGGAGCAGCUCCAAGGUGUACUGGAGGUCCUAUCUAACCUGACGUCUCUUCCACCAACUGUAUUGGGUGAUGAACCCAGUCACCACCCAUCCCCAUGCACACAUCGGGCCCUCACCCGGGCUGCAUCCCUACGUGGGGCCACUGGUGCACCUGGCUCCCCCUGCACCCCUCCUACACGGUUCUUUGUGGAGAAGAAGAUCCAUCAUGAAAGCCUUGUGAUUGGUGCCUUGGAGAAUGCCUUCAAGGAUAUGGAUGCCCAAAUCGAGAGGGAAAAAUCUAUAUACAACAUCUCUGGUGGCUGCACUGUGCUUGUAGUUGUCUUUCUGCUGGGAAAGCUGUAUGUUGCCAAUGCUGGAGAUAGCAGAGCCAUUAUAAUCAGAAAUGGAGAAAUAGUUCCUAUGUCCACAGAAUUCACCCCUGAGUCCGAGAGACAAAGACUUCAGUUCCUUGGUUUCAUGCAGCCCCAUCUGUUAGGAGGAGAGUUCACACACUUGGAGUUCCCCAGAAGGGUGCAAAGGAAGGAGGUGGGCAAGAAGAUGUUGUACCGAGACUUCACCAUGACUGGCUGGGCUUAUAAAACCAUUGAGGAUGAGGACCUCAGGUUUCCUUUGAUAUAUGGAGAAGGAAAAAAGGCACGAGUGAUGGCUACCAUAGGUGUGACUCGUGGUUUAGGAGACCAUGACCUCAAAGUCCAUGACUCCAACAUCUAUAUUAAACCCUUUCUGUCCUGCUUUCCAGAGGUGAAAAUGUAUAACCUGACACAAUAUGAGCAUGGAGCAGAUGAUGUGCUAGUCAUGGGAACUGAUGGCCUGUGGGAUGUCCUUUCUAAUGAGGAAGUAGCAGAGACUGUCACCUCAUUCCUGGCCAACUGUGAUCCCGAUGACCUUCACAGGUACACAAUGGCAGCCCAGGACCUGGUGAUGCGAGCCAGAGGAGUUCUGAGGGACCAGGGUUGGCGAAUCGACAAUGAUCGGCUUGGCUCUGGGGAUGACAUUUCUGUUUAUAUAAUUCCCUUGAUGUAUGGUAACCGUCAGCCAUAGUAGGUAACCUACUAAAGGUAACCUAAAGUGCCCAGCACUUCUUUUUUUUUUUUUUACCCUGAUAUGUUUAAACUUACUUCCUCCCUUCUCUCUUUGGGUCAGUAUAAUGUGGUAAAUGAGUCUACUGUAGUAACACCCAUCACAACACCCAAUAACACUGUAUGUCCUCUUCUAAGCAUGAUAGAAAUGUUAAUACCUGAACCCCUUUCCAUGUGACCCCAGACUGACCAAGUCUGUUUCUGCAUGGCUUUGAAAGUUUUUAAAAGUUUUUAAUUUUUCUUUCUUUGUUUUUAUCCAGGACAGGCAGUAAGGAUAUUUCUAAAUGCCAAUUGUUUAUAUUCUUGUCACUUCUGAGGAACUAUAAUACACUUUUCCUUAGUGAUAUAUAUAUAAGUGAAAAAAGGAUAAUAACUGACAAUAUGAUUUUAAUGAAUUUGUUUCACAUUUCUGUAGCUAUGAAUAAUUAUUAAAGUAUUUUUGUUUGUCUGUUUGUGUUUGUUUUAUUUUGUUUGGUUUUGGGUUUUUAUUGUAUCCACCCACAGUUGUACAGCAAUGUUUUUAUGUUAUUGGUUUGACACCCUUCCUGUCCUCUAUAGGAUAUCUUCUGAUUUGCAAGAUGUGGGUUAUUGAUAUCAAUGUAAUAUGUGUUCAUUUGGUUAACCCCUUAAGCCCGAAGUGUACCGCCGGCGGGACCCCUCCCACCUCCCACCCCCCCGAUUCAGAUACAGCUGCCCUGCUAUAUCUGAAUCAGACUCCUGAAUGGGACUUGUUUGAUAAAUCCACAGUAAUUAACAGAAUGUAAAUUUAACUCGUUUAACAUAAAGUCCACAACCUGAACCACUAUUACAGUACAAUCUGAACCGCACCAGCAUUAAAAUAAACUUUAGACAUUUUACUUACUAUAAGUAACUUUGCAGCUAGAUGUCAGCUCUCAUCAAUUUGCAACUACAUGUCAGUUAACUCUCAUUAGAUUAUUAGUAGGGUUAGGGAGUAGGAACAUAAAUGAACAAGGCCUUACCAAAUGUGCACAGCAACACAUUCCAGAGAUCAGGUAGAUUUCCGACUGAACAAUUAGAAGGUUGUAAUACUUGUCGAUGGCAACUAUCUUUCCCAUGACUGCUUAAUCUCAACUGUGGAGGGGGUGGGGGUUGUAACGAAUGUCAGGAUGAUUUACAAAAGCAGCAUUUUUAACAGAUAUUUAAGUGAACUCAUUUCUUUGGCUUAAGCAGACAGCAGUAUCAACAAAUCUACUAAUAAACUUUAUUAGUUACUAAGAAUUGAUUUUAAAGGUUUUUAUGUAUCAUGUAAAUUGUAUGUAAUCUGUGGAGUUAUUCCUUUGUGUUAAACAGUUAUUACAGCAACCUUUUUAUUAACUUCUACCUCAUUUAUAGGAGAUACCUCAUAUUUGGUAUGUCUUUGACAGUUAAAAGAUUUCCUGGAAAUUGACUUUCAGACACAUCAUUUGCUUUGUUCCGAAACAGGGACUUAAUUUGUUACAAUGUUGCAUUUUCUUCUUGGUUCAUUGGCAACAUUUUAAAGCAUACCAAAAUUGUUUAUACAAGUCAUAUGUGAGGAAAAACUCUUAUUGGUCAGAGUUUCCUCUGAGUCAUCCAUCAAGACCAUAAUUCACUGAUCCAACAUCAGCCACAGUACAACAGUGCAAGUGCACUCUCCACACAACACCAGCUAUAGGUGGAGAGGAGAAAGUGAUCUAGCCAAUUUAGUUUGUAGAAUAAGUUGACAUACUUGCAAAUUUACUUAUAUUCAGUAGAAUGUCUGUUAGGGGAACAUCAAAAUAAACUGUUAGCAGAUAUUAAGUAGACAUUCUACUAAUACUCUAAUAACUUGUUGUUGCAAAGUUACUUAUAGUAAGUAAAUGUCUAAAGUGUUAAAAUAAAUGUACUAAUCCAUCACCAGUUUUCACAUCAGGGAGAGAGUCUAAAAAUGAGAGGGUGUUUCUAUGUUUGCUAAUAGUGCACUUUCAAAUGUUUACAUUUUUACUGUCAUAUUUCAAUUUUUGCAAGCUGUUUGAGCAUGGUAUACCAAGGAAGUUUCUUAUGAUCUAGCCACUGGGGGGUAGGGGGGGGGGGGGUUGUUGUUGUUGUUGUUUUGGUUGUUUGUUUGUUUUUUGACCAAGCUUAUUUGAAUUUUGAAUUAUAGGUAAUAAAGGGGGUCAUUUGGUCUUUACUUAAAUAUUUGCUCUUUACUUAAAUUUGUGCUUCUGGAGCACCUUAAAUAUUUGUUUUUUCAUUGCAUGCCAUACUAUUUAUUCAAAAACAAAAAAAUGUUGUUCUUUUUCAGGUUUCAAUUACAUAUACAGUUGCAACAUAUGUAAAAAUUAUUUUGUGCUGAUUAUGCCUCAGUGUUUUUUUUAACAGUCACCUUGCUUUUUCAUCUCAUUUGAUUUUGUCCUAUAUGUUGUAUACAGAAAUAUAAUAAACAACCUAGAGAACCAUUUACAUACUUGAUUCACCAUUGUGAAAGUGUAAUGUAUAUUUUGUAACAUGAAAAUGAAUUAUAUUUUUGUUUGUUAUUUAAAACAAAACUAGGGACCACAUAUUUCUGUAUUUAAAAAAAAUAAAGAGUAUGAUGGUU